AUGGGUAUAGAGGCCUUUGGCACCAUCUUUGGUGAGCAAAAGACUGGGGAUGUUGGGAAUGUUGGCAUUGAAUCUCUCUUUGAGAUGCUUUUUGAGAGCUUAUCCAAGGUUGAAGUAAUCACCGUGCCCCCCCCUGAUUUCCACCGAUUUCCCGUCUCAUCCAUUAAAGGCCGUACUCCGGUUCACCGGUUUCCUCUCUUCCAAUCCGCUGCCGUUCCUUUCCUUUUCUUUAUUGUCUCCGUGCUCUCCUUAUCUCUGAAUCUAACUUCUCUUCUUUCCUCUACCUAAUGAUCUAUUUUCGCUCUCGCUUCUGCUCUUUUCUUCUUGCCAGUAACUCCGUGCUCUUCUUCCGCUGCCAUCCGUUCAGAAACAUCCAAUCCUCGAAGCCAAAUGCGACGGCAUUUCGGCUCAAAAUUUCUGUUUGCUAUUGCUCUCUUUGCUUUGAUUCUCGCUUUCCCAGCCUAGGAUGUUUAUGGUGAUGUUGGUUUGGCGGGUGCGAAAUCUGGUUUUGCAGGGCUUUGGGGGUGUUACAGACUGGGCCUUUCUCUUUAUGUGAAGCUUUUUAUUCCUAAGGAAUGUCACCGUUGCUUGAAUGUGAUGACUGGAGUGGAAGGUUCUACAAAGUGUGAUCUGGAUGAAAUCGAACGUUAA